ACAACGUCCCUACCAGACUUCGACUGCAGACGAAAAAGUCCACUUUACACUAUACGUCGUAUAUCCAAGUGUCAAGUGAAUUUCGUCGAAGCCACUUCGUAAAAAUCAUGGAGAAGUCUCUGGAAAAGUGCUUAGAUGACGUGUACCACAGCACUGGAGUUUCUGGUGUGCUCUGUGCAGAUAGCCAAGGACUUUGUUUAGGAGUCAGAGGGAAAGCUUCUGCAUCUUCAUCUGGUGUGAUAUCAUCUCUCGCCAACAAGGCGGCCAUGCUGGAACCAGGAAAUUCUCAGCCAGUCAUUCUCUUGGAAAGUGACAACAGUCAGUGCCUCAUCCAUCGAAACAACGGCGUGACCCUCGCAAUAUACAAGUCGCCGGAAACAUCGUAGUGAUAUAUAAGGACUUUGUCUUAGUAUGUUGUCUUGCAGUAUUUAAGCAAAGUCAUUUUUAUAUUCCAGAAUCUUUCAUUUUAGUACUAGCUAUUCUGUAUUUAUAUGUAAGGAGAGCAUUUUAAUCAUAGGAUAAGAAAAGUAAAGGCAGAUGAAGUCAAGUAAUUGUGGCAUUCAUACUAGUGGAAUGGGUGUCACCUUCAGAGUGACAGCGUAAAUGCUAUGUAGAUUCAUUGUGAUAUAAAACAAAGAAGUUUGGAAUUUAACUGUGGGUAAAAUGAUAGUUUCUAUGCAUAUACCAAAUACAAGCUCAUUCAAUGCUUUUGAAAGUUAAUCUUUCACUGCAUUUUGAGAAAUUUCUGCCCUUCUAGGUCUCGUAGUAUUGCGAGCUUCAGAUUCUGCGACCUAUAUAAUUAAUGAGAACUCAGUAUUCCGCACAAGAUGUCACUUCUAAUAAAGCAUUCCUUUUUAUUGGUGAAUAUUUCCACUUCAGAAUAAACUUUAAAGCCACUUGAAAUAAAAUAAAAAUCGAACAUUUAUUAUUUAUUCUAAGGUGUCACUUGUACAGUACAUAUAAUUUUUAUUAAGUUUUUCUUUUAUAGCAUAAGAUUGAAACUUCGUUUUUCUGACGUUAAAGGUUCCUAACUUGAAACGGGUGAAUGGGUUAUGGCUUGCUUUUGCCUAUCACUCAUAUAGGUGACCAUACUCUUGAAAUCAAUGCAUGUAGGUCGAAACAUUACACAUUACGUACUGUAUCACUUUAGGUAUGAAACAGACGUGUGCAUUGUUUUUUGCUAUUGUGUUGACAUAUGUAUUGACACAUAUUCAGAAGGUACUUAUGUGUGGCAUUUGUACUGAUAAUUAUAAUGUUUGGAUGAUACAAAUUUAUACAUAUUGACAGUCUUUCCAAUUCUGUUUUGUUGUUCAGUGAGCGUAUAUUAAUGUAGAACUUGUAUUUCAUAGCCAAAUUGAUAUUAUCUAUGUUGCUAACAUUAAAAGUUCCUUGGGUCAUAAUUGCAUGGUUCUUUUAGACCAAGAGUCAACUUAUAUCAAUAACUUGAAUUAUUUUAACAAACUCUUCAUUAUAGCAACAUAUUAUAUGAUGCAGUAGGAGGUUAUAACCAAACACAUCAAUUUAUCGUAGAGAAUACCAAUUGAAGAUUACACUAGAGAAGGUUUUGUUUCGAAUUGGCUUCAUAAGAUAACAGGAGAGCUGUGUACUGUGACUUUCAAGUUGAUUGCAAUACAAUUGAUUUUCAUGUCCUGUAACCAUUGUUUUUAGUAUCUGUUAGCAGUUGCAAUAUAUACUUUAAUAGAG